AUGGCCUCCGAAGGCUAUUGCAUCGAUCUCGACGACGAAGCACCUGUCAUGUACACGUACGAACAGCUGCCAAGUCAGGACUCCAUCCGACUUCUCCAUCUUACAGAUAUAACACUAAGAAUUGAAGCAUGUCCAAUCCAGAAACUUUGUGCCCUCGAAACGUUUACCAUCGACUCCCUGCCGCCAUAUCUAGCCUUAAGUUACACGUGGGGUGCACCUUUGCUAGAUGAGAAAAACCAAGAAGAAUAUGCCCAGAAGAAAGGAUGGGUUAUUGCCAGCUCUGCUCCUAGUAUAGAGGGGGACCGUUGUAUCCCUUUUCCAGACUUCGCCAUGUUACUGAUCGGGAAAAAUCUUUGGUUCCAACUUCGCCGUCUCUGUCAGAAUCCAUCAGAUAUUUCUUACAUCUGGAUCGAUGCCAUAAGUAUAAAUCAAGGCGACCUCGACGAGCGCGCCUCUCAGGUAUCCAUGAUGACGGAAAUAUACGCACGCUGCACUCGUACAAUUGUCUGGCUAGGCGACUGCGCUGAAUUAGGUGUCGACUUGGGUAAAUUCUACGAGCUACAUGUGGAAGUCUAUGACGCCAUAAAUGAAUAUUUGGAAGAGCGCGGAUCGGGAAUUGUUGAAGACGGCUGGAAUGAGGUUAACUUCUACGGUCGGCUGAAGCUGGAGCAUGUCAGAGGUCAGCUUGACUGGAAAGGCUAUGCUAGGUUCUUUAACGAGCGUGCAUGGUUCACUCGCGCCUGGGUUCUGCAAGAGAUAUGUUUCGCGCCUGAUGCGGUAGUCAUGUUCGCCAAUCUUGUUCCCAACCUGGAGCUUCUAACUCGCGUAGCUUUAUUUCUGAGGUUGGCAGGGCUGACGCAUCAACUUACGGAGAAUAACAGAUGGGAAGAGAUCGAAUCAAGAACUGAAGAAGCUCAUGAAAGCUCAGGUUUUGAGUCCACACCAGGAACAUGGCUCGAGAAUGUACACAAUAUUCGCCAAAAGAUGAAGGGUAUUGGCACUUUACCUUGGUUGGAAAAAACCGCUGAAAUGUUGAAGAGUACAGACCUCAAGUUUGCCGCAUAUUCAUUCUGGGCCUACACCCUUGUGGGGCUGCGUCACCUGGAAGCAACAGACAAGCGCGACAAGAUUUUCGCCACACACGGGUUCCUUCGAACAGCGCUCAAGCCACUCAAUAUGGCACCUGAUCCUAGAGUUAUACCUAAUUACACCAAGUCACUUGCAGAGGUGUACGAAGACACGAUGCGUGUCCUCCUAAUCGAGACCGCUGACCUUUCGAUGCUUUCUGAGGUCCAAGAUCGUUCGAUGACGAGCAUAGAUGGUCUUCCUUCCUGGGUCCCGGACUUCAGUGCUACUGUACAUCAGUCCCUGUACCACAGUGACUUGUACGACCGAUACAACGCAUCAAAUUGUGCGGUCCCUCGAGGACAAUCUAAAUUGAUGCGGCUUACUCCGUCUCCAGGGUCUCGUUUGAUCCUACAGGGACACCUCGUUGGCAUCAUCAAAACUGUUCAAGAAGCUAAUGUUCGUAUCACAAACACUUCCGUCAUCCUAUACCGCAAGAAGGAGAUUCAGGGCUGGCAAUCGCUCCUUGGCCAUGUCACAGCAUUCGAUACGCAACCUAAAUGGAGAGCUCUGUUUCACACGCUCCUAGCCGGUCGACCGGAGAACAUGUGGACAUUGCCUGUAGCGCCGAAACAUUUCAAAGCUUACAUUACCGAGUGCAUGUACGCCUUACAUAAAACAUGGGCUCAGAACGAAGGAACACAAGUAGACGAAGAGAGACUUGUAAUACUCCCGGAACCCGAUGACGCUGACCACGAAUUUCUACCCACGAAACAGGAAAUGCAAACCUUCAUCAGUCGCUAUGAACACUGUAUCGAGCACCGACAGGACAUGACAGAAGCCGAUAUUGCCCCACUGAACAGUACAAUCUCGGAUGCUCGACGAUUCGAAAGCUCUAUGUGUAAACAUGGGUUUAAUAGGCUUAUCUUCGCUACUGAUGGAUGCCGCCUAGGGCUGGGGCCUCAGUCGAUACAAGAAAACGAUGAGGUUUGGCUCGUUAAGGAGGCAAGGGUGCUGUUUACGGUGAGGCCGAUGGGCUCUGGAGAGUAUAGGCUCAUAGGUGAGACAUAUGUGUAUGGAUGCAUGGAUGGUGAGCUUGUGGAGCAGGCAGAGGAGAGGGGAUGGGCGGAUCUGAGACUGCGAUGA